GCCAGAGGUGCGAGGCUGUCUACCAAGAGCUGCGGGGCAAGCUCGUCAAGGAGCGCGACGAGCUUCGCCGUACCCUCGCCGAGUCCAAGCCCAUCGAUGUGCGGCAGAAGGACCUGGCCACCAAGAUGUCCAAGCAGCGUCUGCGGAUCGCGGCCUGCGAUCAGGAGGUGGAGAGCCUCCAGGCCAAGGUCGCCGCCAUCACCGCCGACCUCGACGCGGCGAAGCGCGGGGCGGCCGAGGCGCGGGAGACCAUGCAGCGGCUGGAGGUCGAGAACAUGGCCUUGGCAGCCCAGGUCCCCUUGGCGCCCGACUCGGCUACCCUGGACGCUGUCAUCCCCAGGCUCGAGGUCACGAUGCAGCAGUUCGGCAUGCUGCUGCGCGGGCUGGGCGGCGACAGCGCAGCGGUCGAGUCCACCUUCAAGGACGCCUUGUCCAGGCACGUCGCCUCGCUGCGGGAGGCCCAGGCGGCACCCGCGCAUGUGGCGGUGCCUGGCACGCCUGUGGGCCCUGCUGGCGCCCCUGUGGCCCCUGGCCAUCACGCCCCUGGAGCUGAGGCGGCGCCGGCUGCGGAACCCGGGGCCGAGGGUGGCGCUGGCAGCGGGGGCGCGGCCCCUGGCACCCCGAGCAGCUUCUGCUUCCUGGGCGCUGCUCCCAACGCUGCUGACGUGCGGGUGCACAGUCGCGCAGAUCAGCUCGCACCGCUCAGUUGGGUGCCUACUUUCUUGGUGGAGGCCGAGGGCCUCGCCGCUGUGGUUUCUUCAACGUCUCCUUCGGUGGCUUUGUCGUUGAGGACCGCCGCCGGGGUCGCCGGGGCCGCCGCCAGAGCCUGCGGGACCACCUCCUGGGCCGCCGCGCGCGCCCCCGGGACAGCCGCCAGGGCUGCCGGGGCCGCCUCUCAGAGCAGCCGAGCUGAGGUGACACCAGGCAUCACCGCCGCCCGCCUGGGUGACACCAGGUGCCACCCAGUAGCGGGGCCCGCCGCCGGGGCCUCCGAGGCCGCCGCCAGGGCCUCUGGGGCCGCCGCUGGAGCCUCCGGGACCGCCGCCAGGGCCCCAGGGGCCGCGGCCCGAGCCCACGGGAACGCCGCCGGGGCCGCCAGGGCCGCUUUUGGGCACAGCCGAGAUGAGGUGACACCAGGUGUCACCGCCGCCCGCCUGGGUGGCACCAGGUGUCACCCACUCGCGGGGGCCGCCGCGGGGGCCUCCAGGGCCUCCGAGGCCGCCGCCGGAGCCACAGGGGCCGCCUCCGGGGCCGCCGGCAGGGCGUUUGUCGGCUCGCCGGUCUCGGCCAACACCUCCUCGCUCGGCCCGAUGUUUGACUUCGUGGCGGAGGUGCCUCAUGAGGUUCGGGUGCUGGCCGCGCAGGAGCACCGCAUUCCUCAGGCCAGGCUGGGCGAGAUGCAGAAUCGCCUGGCUGAUCUGGGCUGGCACGGGGCCUGGACGGCUGGCUUAGACACGGACGCGCAGUGCACAAGCAGUGGCGCCGCGGUGUUGGCCCCGUCGUUCGCGUCCCUCACCACGGCCCCUGGCCUAGCCGAAGGGACCUUGGUUCCUGGCCGCGCAGCCGCUGCUCGGGUCCACUGGGGCAUCCCGCAGGGCAUAGUCUGCAUCAGCCUUUAUUGUGUUGACUCUGUGGGCUUUGCGGGGCCCAACUUGGAGGUGCUGUGGAAGGUUUUUGAGUACUGCUGCCAGCUCAACGCCCAGGGCGAGGAUUUCGUCAUCAUGGGCGAUUGGAAUAUGGCCUCCGACGUGGAGGGGCUUCGACGCUACCUGCGUGCAGGGGGGGGCUCCAUCAUCGACUUCAUGGCAGUGUCGUCGAACUUGGUGCCCAGGCUCGAUCGCCAGGUGACCGUGCAGCUCGACUCCGACUUGUACCCGCAUCGCCCCGUGCACUUGCGGAUGCGGGGCUCUGAUCACCCAGCCUGGUGCAGGGUGGCCGACGAGCCCAAGCCGUUCUCGGCGCUUCCCCCUCCUGGGUGCGCCAGGCCGCCCUAUGACUGGCGGCCCCUUACGGCGGAGGCCAAGGUUGUCACGGAGUCCGACGGGCUGGUCCAGCUGUGGGACGCCGUCCUGCACGGCGUCGACGCCGAGCUCUGCGCGCGCUGGGACAAGGAGCAACUCGGCGGCCUGAAGCUGGCGGCGGCCAUGUGCGAUCUGAUGCCCUGUCAGUGUUUCGGCGUCUUGCGGGAGUUGGAGGAGGCCCACCGCUGCCUGGUGAAGGUUUCGAGGCAGCGGGCGGUCUUGACGGCCAUCGACCCGACAGUGGCCAAGUACCUGCAGAUGGGCCCCAUGCUGCUGGUUUCGCCGCACUUCGACUACUGCGUCGACCUGGUGACGCGGGUGGCGGACCAGAAGAUGCGCGACGCCCAGGCCGCCUCGGAGGCGGCGUGGCGCGGCUGGCUAGCAGAGGCUUUCCUCCGAGGGGCGCGGGGGGCCCACCGUGCCUCCAAGGUCGCUCCCACGCAGCCCCUGCUGCAGCUGGAGGGGGAUGUGCAGCCCUACGCGGUGGCCGACGCGGCGCUCCAGGAGUGGGGGGACGUCUGGUCCCACCACGGCGCGGCGUGGUUGCCCAGGCCGGCCGAGUUCGACCGGUGGGAGCUGCUGCCGCCGAUCACCCUCCAGGACAUGCGCGCGGCUACCUGGAGCUACUCGGACACCGCCGCCCGUGGCCCCACCCGCCUGGCGCCCAAGUCCCUUUACUUCGUGUCGGACGAGGGUCUGCAGGCGAUCGCGCGGCUGCUGGAGGCUUGCGAGAGGUUGGGCACGUGGCCCGACGGUCGCGUGGAGACGGAGCUCGUGCAGUUGAGCAAGGCGGACGGGGGCAAGCGCCUCAUAGCCUUACUCCACACCCUGACGCGCGUGUGGGGGAAGCUGCGCCGCCCCCUGGGGAAGCGGUGGGAGGAGACCCACGCGGCCCUUUGGGCUUGGGGCAAUCGCUCCCGCUUCACCUCCAGCGACUCUGCGUUCGACCUGAACCUGGAGCAGGAGGUGGCCACCCUAUUGGACGAGCAGAGCGGCACGUGGGUCAGCGACAUGGCCAAGUGCUUCGAGCUCGUGGACAGCAGCCAGCUUCUCUUGGAGGCUAGGGAGUGCCACUUCCCCCUGCGGCUGGUGUGGAUGAUGAUCGAGCUUUACCACCAGCCUCGCAGGGUUCGGGUAGGGCCCAGCCUGUCGUUGGCCAUGCUGGUCUUCCAGGGCGUGCUGGCGGGGUGCAAUCGCGCUCUCACGGCGCUGCUGGUGCUGAUUCACCGCGCGAUGGCGAGGCUCAGCAAGAUGUGCCCCAACGUGCGGCCCCGGCAGCUUAUGGACGACAUUACUUUGCAUUAUGUGGGGCCUCGUGAGGCGGAGGCUAGUCAGCUCGAGGUGGCCGCCGUCGAGCUGACGCGCUGCGUGCAGGGCCUCGGCAUGCGGGUCAAGCAAGCCAAGUCGGGCUUGAUCUUCAACCGCGCGCGCUUCGCGCACCGCUUCCGGGCGCGGGCGCUGCAGAUUGGCUUGCGCCCGAGGCGGGCGAUGCACAACCUCGGCCACGAGCACCAUGGGCCGAGGGCGUUCUGGCGUCAGGAGGCGGCGCAGCUGUGGCGCACUGGCCUGGCCCCGUCGGUCACCCACGGCGCGGGCGUCAGCGGCAUGGCGGACCAUCGGCUUCGUCUUCUCCGACAUACUGCGGCCACUCUGAACGGGUGGAAGCCUGGUUCUGGAUGCACGGCCUACUUGCUGACGCAUCCGAGCCCGCAGUACGACCCGAUAUACGACGUCUCGGUGCCGUUGAUUUUGCGGUACGCUGGCUGGUUGUGGGACGGCCGCACCUCUGGCGCGAGGCUGCAGAGGGCCUGGGACGUGGCCCACGCCAAACUCGAGUCCACCACCUUCGGCACGGCGCGCGGGCCCCUCACAUCCACUUGGCUGUCGCUGCGGAGGCUGGGCUGGGAGAUGCUCUCUUCGGCCCACGUGAGGUCCGACACGGGCGAGGUGCACUCGCUCUUGCGCGUGCCGCCAGAGGACCUGCGCCACCAUUUGAUGAGGUCCACCGAGCG